GGUUAUAUACACAAAACAAGAAUUAGACAAGGCUUACAUAUUAGCUGCAGUUUUAGUGCUAAAUAGCUUAACAAUAUAUAGAAAAAAUUGUGAAUUUGUGGAAACAAUUUCUUUCGUUUUAAUAAACAUUAGAUAUAUGCAAGUCGUAUUUAACUCAGAUUACUGAAUUCUGUUCUGGAAUGGAUAUCUUUCGUUUUAUGUACUCGUCAUACCUUUUAAUUGUAGUACCCAUUUGUUUCUACACAAAGGUGGAAUCGUGCAAUGAAGUUGUUUGCGCUUCGAUCGUGUCUAAAUGUAUGUUAACGCAGAGUUGCAAAUGUGAACCCAAACAUUGUUCUUGCUGUAAGGAUUGUUUGAAAUGUUUAGGUAAAAAAUAUUAUGAAGAAUGCUGUAGUUGUGUUGACUUGUGCCCUAAACCUAAUGACACUAGAAGCGCUAUUUCUAGAAAAUCUCAUGUUGAAGAUUUUGAUGGCGUGCCCGAAUUAUUUAAUGUAUUAACUUCAUCAGAUGAUGAUUACGAAUGGGAAAUCUUCACAUUUCAAAUCGACUUUGAUACGUUAUUGUCCAGAGCUAAGUUAGAAAGGGAUGUCAAAUAUUAUUUAAGAUCAAAUGAGAAAAAUGAGGGGGAAAUGUUAAAAGAAAGAGAUGAUAUUGUCACUGUUAACUGCACAGUAAUUUAUUAUGAUCAGUGCACAUCAUGGAACAAGUGUAAAAAAUCAUGCCAAUCAACUGGAGCUAGUAGUUACAGGUAA